CGCAAAUUCUUCCCACAAAGAAGAACUGCGCCUCUGAAUCUUCUCGAUGGAUCCCUAUCAGGCAGUUUUAGCUAGUAAUGUUAUCGGUUUUAAACAAAGUAUUACCUCAGUCUGAACAUUUUAUGUAUCGUCUUGUGUUUGUCGUUUCACCACAUAACGUUAGGUAAACAGGUGGUGGGCCUCUUUGCGAGAUGGUGCAGCUGCAUGUGAAGCGUGGAGAUGAGAGCCAGUUUCUUUUCAACACCAGUGUGGACGCACCCCUGGAAACGGUGAUCCAGCAGAUUACAGCCAUUUAUAACGGGAGACUCAAAGUGGAAAGAAUAUGUUCAGAGAUCCCAGAGCUGGCAGACCAUGGCAUCACACUGCCACCCAACAUGCAGGGGCUGACAGAGGAGCAGAUUGAGGAGCUGAAACUGAAGGAUGAAUGGGAAGACAAGUGCGUGCCCAGCGGAGGGCCAGUAUUUAGGAAAGAUGAGAUUGGAAGAAGGAACGGACACGCUCCAAAUGAUAAAAUGAAAGCGGUGUUGAUGAAAACAGUGGAGGAGGCAAAGGCACUGAUCUCCAAAAAACAAGUUCAAGCUAAUAUUUGUGUCACCAUGGAGAUGGUGAAAGAAGCCCUGGAUCCUCUAAGAGGUGCGGUGAUGAUCGUGUACCCCAUGGGGCUGCCUCCUCAUGACCCUAUCAGGAUGGAGUUUGAGGACCGGGAAGACCUAUCAGGAACACAGGCAUCUCUGCAGGUGAUGACAGAGGACGAGUGCCAGCUAUGGUGGGCUGGGAAAGAGAUGCAGCGGAGGAAAAAACUACAGGACUACGUGGGCAAGAAUGAAAAGACGAAGCUUGUGGUCAAAAUCCAAAAGAGAGGGGAGGGGGCGCCAGCGAGAGAGCCUCUGAUUACUGAGGAGCAGCAGAAACAGAUGAUGAUGCAUCACUACAGGAGGCAGGAGGAGCUCAAGAAACUGGAGGAGGCAGACGAUGAUAGCCACCUGGACUCAGAGUGGUCAGACAGACAGGCCCUUAAAAAACAGUUUCAAGGCCUCACCAACAUCAAAUGGGGACCAAGAUAAAGACCACUACCACUCAGAUUCCCACCUUGGAGCUGCUGCACUGACCUGGUCCUUUACUGCUCUGUAUGCAACCGACUAUGAUGCCUUAUUAUCACAAUCCUGAAGUCAGUUUACUGUCUGUUAUUUGAGGUCUUCCAGUGAUUAUUAUACACACCAGAUGUGCUCAUGCCUUAGAGUCGUAACUGGACUGAAAUGUGAAGAAGACAGCUGGAUACAAUUGUAUGAAAGAACAGGUAAUGAUGUCACAUGGAGGCUGAUGUCAUGAU